AUGACAACCCAGGCCCGGAAUCAGGUCAUCAACGCGCCAUCAGACGAGGCUCCCCGCAACGCUACAUCAGUCUUUCUCGCCGGCACCACCAGCAGAGUCGACGCUCGCGACUGGCGUGAGGUUAUAUGUACCGCACUCUCUGACACGCCCGUGACAAUCUAUAACCCCUACCGCGCUGAUUGGGAUAGCUCGUGGCGCGAGGACAUCAAUUUCGCUCCCUAUCGCGAACAGGUGGAGUGGGAGCUCGAAAAGCAGGAGAGGGCCAACAUUGUCGUUGUUUACUUCCACCCGUCUACCCAGGCACCGGUCAGCUUGCUCGAGUUCGGGCUCUGUGCGCGGACGCCAGGAAAGGCCAUCGUUGUCUGUCCCGAGGGGCGAGAGUAUGCCCGGAUAAUCAACAGGCCGGAUGAGCUCGAAAAAUGUCAAGAUCGCGCUUCAAUGCUUCCAUCCUCAACGAUGUACCGUUCAAUUCCGGCCCUCCUUGCGAAGAACAAGCAAGUGAUCAUAAAAGGGAGCGAUGUUUCGUACCGGGUCCUCAAAACACUGGGGGACUACAACUUUCAGGCUUCAAUUCAGGAAAAUGAAAGCUCGCAGACCACUCCAUCACAACCUAAAAGUGUAAAUCCCUACAGCUUGGUGGUUAUGAAGACAGGACUUACUCCCGCCCUAUACCAGCGAGAAUUGGAUUUUUACAAAUUAAAUUGCAUUCGCUCUUCCCCCUAUAUACAGCCGAUUCGAGAGAUCAUCGAUAAUGAGGAGGACAGAUGCAUGGUAUUCGAUUCCAUGGGCUGUCACCUUCCGGCAGCGAGGGAACAGAUGUACGAACGGGGUCCUGUAUUUAUAGCAGCUCUAGCGAAGUCACUCCUCGAAGCCGUCAAGGUAUUUUCAGAUAUGGACGGGAAGGGUCCCCAUGUGCAUACAGGUAAACCCCCACCAGAGUUAAUCCAGUAUACCAUUGGACAAACUGACAUCUCCCAAGAUAUCCAACCAUAUAAUAUUACCGUCUCAGAUGCCAAUGCAUGGAAUCUCUCGAUUAAACUAGGAAACCUUUCAAGGAUGAUUGCUUCUGGGAGUAUCGCCCCCUUCCCAGUACAGAGGCGUUCGAUUCGGGCUCCUGAGAUUUGGAAAGGAGGGUUGGUCACACCCGCUUGUGACGUUUGGUCUGUUGGCGUUUGCCUAGCACAAGCCCUUAUACCUCCAACCCGACCACUCUUUGGGAACCUGGACUUCGUCGGUCUUCGUGGGUUUGCUUAUAUUAAAGUAGAUGAAGCUGCCUGGUGUAUUGGCAAAAUCAUCCGGCUUCUUGGCCCUCUAAAACGAGACGAGUUACGAAAACAUAAGGAAGAAUUUGAUCUUGCGGAGACCCUAGCGGAGAAUGGGAGUUUCGAACUUGGCACUCUUGAAGAAGAGCUUGCUAAAAUCGAUCUUCCUCCAGAUUGCAUCGCGUUCAUUCGAUAUCUUCUAGAUACAGACCACACGACGAGGCCUACAGCGAAGGAAGCACUACGCCAUCCGUGGCUUAAGAUUGCGGAUAAAAAGCCCCCAAUAUAUGAAGCGUUUGGACAAACGGAAGUCGACAUCAACCCUGCUGGAUUUACCGGGCAAUUUGAAAGCCACACCUCGCACUGUAUCAUCAUAUCUCACACCCUUAUCACCGAAAUGUUCCUCCCCCAAAUGACCUUACCCGAAUAA